CACAACCUCUCUCGCUCUUCCUUCCCACUCUCACCUUCCCUCUUCUUCCGCGCUCUCUUCCUCUGCUCUCUCUCUCCACCACCUGCUGUGCUCUUCUCCACAGCCCUUCCGCACUCGCUCGCCUCCGCUCUUUCGCACCGCAAACCUCUCCCCGCCUUCUUCCCAACGCGCCCGAUCCGCGCCUGCCGACGCCGCACCCCUCCAUCUUCAAUCGAUAGCCCGCCCUGCAAUGACUUCCAAGCCGUGGUCCGUCGCCUACCCCGAGCCUCCCGGCGACGGUUUCUGGGGCCCUAGAACAUCUACCAUCGACUGGUGCGAAGAGAACUAUGUCGUCUCGCCCUAUGUUGCCGAGGCGGUAAAUACCGUCACCAACGGCAUGUUCAUCGCGCUCGCUGCCUACUCCGUGAUCAACGCCGUGACACAAAAACUCGAGACCCGCUUCAUCCUCACCGCACUGGGCUUCUCGCUCGUCGGCAUCGGCUCCUGGCUCUUCCACAUGACGCUGCAGUACGAGUACCAGCUGCUCGACGAGCUCCCGAUGAUCUACGCGACCUGCAUCCCCACCUGGGCCGUAUUCUCCUACGCGCGCUCGAAGCGCGAAACAGUCUACCUCGGGAUCUACAUCUUUGUCGGCGCAUCGACCCUCACGGCCGUCUACCUCUACUUCAAGGACCCGACGAUCCACCAGGCCGGCUACGCCGUCCUCACCGGCAUGGUCCUCUUCCGCUCGCUCUACCUCAUCGUCACCAAGAUCGACGACCCGCUCGUCCGCAAGGACAUGUGGAAAACAGUCAUCAUCGGCAUCUGCACCUUCCUCUCCGGCUACGGCCUCUGGAUGAUCGACAUCCACUUCUGCAACUCCCUGCGCUCCGCCCGCCGCUCCGUCGGCAUGCCCCUCGGCUUCCUCCUCGAGCUCCACGGAUGGUGGCAUAUCCUCACCGGGUUGGGCGUGUACUACUACCUCGUCUUCCUCGAGUACCUCCGCGUCUGCCUCAUCGGCCGCCAGAAGGACUACGUCUACAUCUGGGACUUUGGCGUCUUUCCCCACGUCAAUCUCAGAAAACCUUCCGUCGAGGACAGCAAAAGCGAGAAGAAGAACAACUAGACCACUCUCUUCCCUCCUUUUUUUUCUUUUUCUUUUUCUUUUCUCUCCACUCUUCUCUCUUAUUCUAUUCUUUCCUUAUGAGUUCAGUAUAGUUUUUCGUUUUGCUUUUUGGGAAGCCGCGUAGGUUUAGCGUCUUUUUGUAUCGUUUCUACUUGUAUACGCUGCGCGCGUGCGUGUUUGCGUUGGGGCUCUUUGCAACCAACCGAAUCGAUCUGGUUUAAAAUAUCCAUGUUUUCUUCUCUUCCUGCUCUGUGAUUACCAGUAUUAAAGAAAAAAAGAGUAUGCUCUAUGCUAUUUGGUGUAU